AUGCCGCCAAUCCGUGUUUUAAUUCUGGGCCACUCUUUCAUUCGCCGUGUGCACGAUUUUCUUUGCCGCAAUUUUAAUGCUCGCAUUGCGAAAAAUUUAAGUCUAGAUGGCGAUCUGCUCAUAAGAUGGCAUGGGAUUGGAAAUAGAACGGUUUCUAAAACUAGGGAGUACGAUUUAGGUAUAGUAGAGGAGUUUGCUCCCAAUGUAGUGAUCAUGCAAUUAGGUACGAAUGACCUUACCACCAUUUCGGCCGUUGAAACUGGCUCGGCAAUUGAAGAUCUGUGUCGUUUACUUUAUGAGUCAUAUGGAGUGGAAGUGAUUUGCGUUUGUCAAACCCUUUACAGGCAAGAUGCCUCUUCUUUUAACAAACAGGUUGACUUGUUAACGAAGUAUCUGAAGGUGGUUUUAGAACCCAUUCCUUAUGUAUUUUACUGGCGUCACAGAGGGUUUUGGCGUUGUAAAUCAAGUUUUCUUGCCCGGGAUGGUGUUCAUUUAAACAAACUCGGACAUUAUAAAUAUUUUCGCAGUUGAGAGGCGCAGUUCUUAGAUGUAUACGCAUUUUCUCAGGUCGUUAACAGCAUUAAUUUUUUCCCAUGUAUUUGCCAGUUCCCUAAUUUUGAUAUUUGUUGGUCUUUACCAAGCCGAAUGUUAUGCAGCCUUGCCCUUUGUUCACUUGUUGUUGGAAAGUAAUUUCCUACCUAUAAGCAGGCUUGCUACUUUGUUCAUGCACGGUUUAAAUACCGUGUUUAUUUUUGCGGCUUUGGUUAUGUUAUUUUGUGCUUUCGCUUUACCAUUUUGAGUGUACAACCACUUUUGACCGCCCCCUUUUUUGGGAGGUGUGUCCAAUGCACUCGGUAUCAGUGAUUAUGCACGUUUUUCAUGGAACUUGGCUUUUUUCUAUACUGUUACUGCUGUCUUAUUAAUCGUAUUUUGUCACUUAUAUUUUUCAAUUUCUUUUGUGGCUACGCCGGGCCUGUUAGGCUAUAUAUAUCUUGAACUGCCUCUCCCAAGUGCUAAGUAAUUUUACAGACAACAAUGGCUCGCGGGGUAUAUUCGUAUCCCCUGCAGUGCUGUUAAUUGUCUCAGUCUUGUUUAUUUUUGCCAGUUUCAGUAGUCUUUUUUGUAAAAAAUGCCUCCGCGAAAACGACCAGCAACUCAGGCUACAGCGCCCACCGCCAUUCCAUCCGUUCGCCCCAACAAGCGAGCCAGGCGGCCAAGACUGCGUCCUGAGGAGGCGCCCACUGUUCAUGAGAGCACUACAACUGAGCAGGCUAACGUGAUUGCUUCAAACCCUUCAAGUUCAUCCCCAGGCACAGUGUCCGUGGAUGUCGACGCAAUCACCGCUACCAUUUCUGCCGUAAUUACACAAGCAGUAAAGACGGCCUUCUCGCCUGAGAAAUUGGCUUCGCUUCUCGACAACAACUCCCCAACGCCAGUAGUUACGCAAGCGCCAACUGGACUUGUUGAACAGGCUGUGGAUGACGACGUCCAUGUCAUCACCAAUCCUCAGUCAGGUAUUGAAGCAGUUGAUCCUUUAGACUUAGUUAACUCAGGUCCGUAUGAUCAAAGACCACAAGUUCAAUUCACCAGUGUUUCUGUCCCUCUCACUUCGAGAGUGAGUUCCAAAAUCAAAGCAAAAAUUUGGGCGAAUGAAUAUAUUAAUUUCGGGUCGUUAUUGUCUGAUUCACCUCAGCAGGAGGGGAAAUACUCAUUAUCUAUGACACCGUCAGUCGCCGGUUCUUCGAGCCAGCCUCAACUGACGCUUGAACCCUGUCACGUUUCUAAGAAAAUAGCCAACAUUUCCCAGUGGGUCUCUGCGUUUAAUAUUUUCGUUUCUGUUUACGCGGAAAGAUUUAACAACUACACUCCUCAAUUAAUGAAAUAUUGCGAGGUGGUCCGGGAUCUGGCUGCAAAGGGGGGAGAUUGGCAUUGGUAUGAUGAACAAUUUCGUUACGUAAGACAAUCGGCACCAGAGCAGUAUCCAUGGGAUAGGAUACAUUGGGAGUUGUGGUUACGGGCGUCAAAUACUUUUCGAAAACCGCAACCGCCCACCAACAAACCACGUUUUCGUUCUCAAUUCUUUCCGAAAGGGACCUGCUGGGCCUUUCAAGCAGGCAAGCACUGCUCCGGAUGCAAAUUCGAACACAUGUGUUUUAAAUGUGGUGGAAAACACCCGGGCGGCCAGUGCUCAGCUUCGGCGCCCAAAAGUGGAUUCCCUUUCAGUUCAAAAGGCAAACGAGAUAGUACAUCGGGUUCUCCACAGCAAGCCAGUCACGCCAGUAAGAGUGGAUCGGCUUGA